AAUUAAGAUAGGAAAAAAAAAACGGGAAGAGAUUCGAUCGGCAUCGACGACGGCGGCGGCGGAAGUAAUGGCGAACAUAGAAGCUGAAGCAGUCGAUUUCGAGCCUGAGGAGGACGACCUCAUGGACGAAGACGUCGGAGCAUCUGAUCUCUCCCCACGCGCUGGUCAUCCGAGGCUUAGGUCAGCAAUCUCCGGAGCAAACGACGAAUCAGCGAAUAGGAAGACCAAAGGCCGCGGAUUUCGCGAGGAGAAAGAUUCCGAUCGCCAGCGCCGCCUCUCCUCCCGCGACUUCGAAUCUCUCGGUUCCGAUGGCGGUCCCGGCCCCCAGCGAUCCAUUGAGGGGUGGAUUGUUUUGGUCACUGGAGUUCAUGAGGAGGCACAGGAGGAUGAUAUCUCCAAUGCUUUUGGUGAUUUUGGCGAGAUUAAGAGUCUGCAUCUCAAUCUCGAUCGCCGUACUGGUUUUGUCAAGGGCUAUGCUUUGAUUGAAUACGAGAAGAGUGAAGAAGCACAGAGUGCUAUCAAAGCAAUGAAUGGUGCUGAGCUUCUGACCAAGAAUGUCAGCGUUGACUGGGCCUUUAGCAAUGGACCAAACAAUGCUGGAUCUUACAGGAGAAGGAACAUGAGGUCGGGGAGGUCACAACGGUCACGAAGCCCGAGAAGACGUUUCUGACUGUAUGAUUUAGAGUUGUCUCCACAUCUCUCUGUAUUUUGGAUUCUCUAUCUGUAACUCAAGAGUGUUUCGACUCUUUUUGGUUGUUUUCAACGUUGUGUAAUCUUAUGCAAAUGGGCUGUUGCGUUUUUAACACCCUGAGAUAUGUUUUAAUUCUGGUUUGGGAGAAGAUGAAAAACAUUGGUUGAGGAAGAUGCUUUUUAUUUCAUUA